UUUUGUUUUUGGUAUUUUUCAGGUUGGUUUUGCUGAAUAUGAGACGAUCUGCAGCACCAAGUCAGUUGCAGGGGAAACCCUUCAAAAAACCAAAGUUUAUACCACCAGCAAGAAGUAAUCCAAGUCCAAAUGAAGAGAUUACAAAGCUGGACCCAGAUACAGAAUUAUCUGAGGUUGCUGCAAAUAAUACUUUUCUCCAAUCACAAACUGAUCCCAGAAUAUACAGUUUAAAUCUUCUGCCUGCUGAAGAAAGUGGUAGAGAAAUGAAUCAUGGGGAUAAUUACAGGGGAAAAGACUGUUUUGAAACAUCUGCAAUGCCAACAUUAAACCUACAUCUUACAGUUUACUCAUCGUCUAAAGACAUAACGGUGUCUAAGGAACAAGAAGUGGAACCUGAUAGCGUGGUUAAAUAUUUCAGUGUUGUUUGGUGUAAGGCUUCAAAGAAAAAACACAAAAAGUGGGAAGGUGACGCUGUUCUCAUUGUCAAAGGAAAAUCACUUACAUUGAAGGACUUGGGAGGCAAAGACAUUGGAAGAGGCACUGGAUAUAAAUGCAAAGAGCUUGAGAAGAUCGCAGAGGGCCAUACGAUGGUGAUUGGUGGGAAAGAGGUAGAAGUCAUGGGUGUGAUCUCCCCAGACGAUUUCAGCAGCGGCAGAUGUUUCCAGGAUAGAGGAGGAAGUCCUGCUGUAUCAAGUUCUCCUGCUGCCCAGAAGUGUUUUACUAACCCUUUAAAAAGUGUCUAUAAACCAAAUUCAAAGGAAAAUAGGCAGAACAGUCUCCAAAAUUGCAAACCUCGCCACGAUCCAUGUGCACCAAAUUCCCUUGUGAUGCCACGACCCAACAAAGACCACCAGAGGAUGUUCAAUAAGAGCGGUUUCCCUGUUGUGGAUGUGGUGAUAGAUCCUCACCUUGUAUAUCACCUUCGACCACAUCAGAAAGAAGGAGUCAUGUUUCUUUAUGAAUGUGUGAUGGGAAUGAGAGUGACUGGCAGAUGUGGAGCUAUUCUUGCUGAUGAAAUGGGUUUAGGGAAAACACUGCAGUGCAUUUCACUCAUCUGGACCCUGCAGUGUCAGGGUCCCUACGGAGGCAAGCCAGUAAUAAAGAGGACACUUAUUGUCACCCCUGGAAGUUUGGUGAAUAACUGGAGGAAAGAAUUUCAGAAAUGGUUAGGAAGUGAGAGGAUUAAAACAUUUACUGUCGAUCAGGACCACAAAAUAGAAGAAUUCAUGAGAUGUCCAUUUUAUUCUGUUCUGAUUAUCAGUUAUGAAAUGUUACUCCGUUCCCUGGAUCAGAUUAAGACUAUGAAAUUUGAUCUUCUGAUCUGCGAUGAAGGGCAUCGCUUGAAGAACAGUGCCAUUAAGACAACCACGGCCCUCAUGAGCCUUGCUUGUGAGAGAGGAAUAAUUCUCACUGGUACUCCAGUUCAGAAUGACCUGCAAGAAUUUUUUGCAUUAAUUGAUUUUGUAAAUCCAGGAAUAUUAGGCUCUUUGUCAUCGUAUAGAAAAAUAUAUGAAGAACCCAUCAUUAUUUCGCAACAACCUUCUGCUUCUGAGGAAGAGAAGGAGCUGGGAGAGAGGAGAGCAGCUCAGCUCACUUGCCUCACAGGACUCUUUUUCCUUAGAAGAACCCAGGAAGUCAUAAAUAAAUACCUUCCACCUAAAAUUGAGAAUGUGGUCUUUUGCCGACCGGGGGUGCUACAGAUUAAGCUUUACCAAAAGCUGCUGAGUUCUCAGGCUGUCAGGUUCUGUCUGCAAGGGUCGUUGGAAAGUAGUCCUCAUCUGAUAUGCAUAGGUGCUCUUAAAAAACUGUGCAAUCACCCCUGCCUUCUGUUCAACUCCAUAAAGGAAAAAGAAUGCAGCUCAACUUGGAAUGAAAAUGAAGAGAAGAGUUUAUAUGAAGGCUUGGCCAGUGUGUUCCCGGCUGGUUAUGACCCUCUUGUGUUCGCUGAGGAGGAGUCAGGAAAACUGCAGGUGCUGGCAAAGCUCUUAGCUGCCAUCCACGAACUUCGUCCUACUGAGAGGGUGGUGUUGGUAUCCAACUACACGCAAACUUUGAAUAUUUUACAAGAAGUAUGCAAGCGUCAUGGAUAUGCUUACAAAAGACUUGAUGGACAAACACCCGUCUCUCAGAGGCAGCACAUUGUUGAUGGCUUCAACAGUAAACACUCUUUGGAUUUUAUUUUUUUAUUAAGUUCAAAAGCUGGUGGUGUGGGACUCAAUCUUAUUGGAGGAUCUCACUUAAUUCUCUAUGACAUUGAUUGGAAUCCAGCCACUGAUAUCCAGGCAAUGUCUAGAGUGUGGCGAGACGGUCAGAAACAUCCGGUCCAUAUUUACAGACUCUUAACCACAGGUACGAUAGAAGAAAAGAUCUACCAAAGGCAGAUCAGUAAGCAGGGCCUCUCUGGGGCCGUCGUAGAUCUAACCAAGACAUCGGAACACAUCCAGUUUUCAGCAGAGGAACUUAAAGAUUUGUUCACAUUCCAUGGAAGUUCGCCCUGUGUGACCCAUGACCUGCUUGCCUGUGAAUGUGCUGGAGACCAAGACCACACAGGUGAUUCAUUGAAAAAACUCCCUGUCUCUAGAAAUUGCCAGCUCGGUCCACACAAGUCUGACCUCCUGAAACCUCUCUCCAUGUCGCAGCUGAAGCAAUGGAAACAUUUUUCUGGAGACCAUUUAGAUCUCAAAGAUCCUUUUCUCCAGAGAAUAAGAGAAAAUGUGUCAUUCUUUUUUCAGAAUAUAACCAACCAAACUGCUGCUCUGUAACAAAAGAUUACUUCAUGGCAUUUCCUUGCCCCCCUUAAAAAAUAACAGUAACUAACUGGAACUUUUGAAAACGAAUAGACUUUUACAUUACAAUAAUCAGUUUGUUGCAAAGUGCAUCAUGGUUUUGAUACACAGUCAACUGCUUAAUUUUUUGUAGAUAUUCUUAAAUGUUGAAACAGUAAAGACAUCUAUCUUCAUG